UCAAUUUCAAGAUAGUGUAUUUCGACUCGCGCGAUCCGUGUAAAGACCAGAGACGGUAAAGACUGAUCGUAAAAAAAGCAACAGCAAAACUUUAAGAUGUUUUGGAAACAAAUGGGGAAAUGUAUUUUCUUUCUUUUUGUUGCACAUAAAUUGAUUACUUUAAGUGCGUGCCUUGAGUCGGCAGACAUUAAAACUUUAGCUACAGCACGUGAUUUGAAGGCAAACGGCCACUUAAAUGGAGGGUACCACGUUUAUACUAAAAAGGACGGUAAGUUCAGCCCAAGGUUUGGGAGACUCGUGGUUGGCCGCACAGCAUUGAGCUACCGCAACAAAGUCGGCCUGGAUGUUGCAAGAGAAGACGGCCUGUACAAGAAAUUCAGCGGCUAUGGCGAAAAUGAAGAACGAGUGGAGAACGGGAAACGGGCAGGUCUAGGUCCAGCUAACGCAACUGGGCAGUCUUAUCAGCAGGUAUUUGUGCCUCAGAACUUCAGUCGAACCCUGAAAAAUUCGGAAGCAAACACAGAAUCGCCGGGGAAGGCAGCCCGAGAAGGGAGUCCAGAUCAAAGCGACAAUGUCAGCACGAAGGGCUGGUCCUCUCAAUCGAACGGUUGUACUCUUGGGGAAAUCAACUCAAGGAGCACGGAUAACAUCAAGUCUUCUGGAUCAGUGAAGUACCAGGCUGGAUAUCAGUCGGAUUCAGCCCUCCCUGGUGUAGAGGAAGGAAGAUUGUCUCAAGGGGAGGUCACAGGCAUUUUUCCUGGUUCUGGCUCUCCGGUAAAUGAGCUCUGGCUGCGGACGAUGGCCUUGGUGCAGUGUGGGUACAACAACAUGAGUCUCACCGUCAGAAAAAGUGAAUCGGCGCGCCUCAUGAUAGAUCAAGGACAGACACCCCCCCUCUCUCUGUCGCAGCUGCCCUCUCUCUGUGGCUACUCUGUGAAGACCACAUGGAGGGACCUGGUCUUCACGGCUUUCUAUGAUGGCUGUCAUGUCAGGCAAGAGGAUGGGAGUCAUGUCUUGUCGUUGAUUUGGUGGGGGACCCCUGUGAGGAUGUCCUGCCCUAUCCUGCCGGCCCCCACACCCCUCUCCCUCUGUUGCAACCCCUUUGGCAUGACUGUAACAGUUGGGGGGAACGGGUCUGCGGCUGACAUUGGAGUCGACAUGGGGUAUGAGUGGAGGUCCUUGGCAUCAGUGGCUCAGCAGUGUGGGUACAUCGUGGAGGUGAACCCUGGGAAGCUGGUCAUCUCUGUCCCCUUUAACACCUGCGGAGUCGCUUUUAAGGAUGGGAAGUACAUCCUGUCCCUUCAGUCAGGAGAAAAGGAGAGUGCCUUCUCCUGUCCAGCUCCACCUUCUACCCAAUUGCCUUCUUCCCCCCCUCUUCUGUCCACAUAUUCCUAUCCCCCACUCAACCCCGCCCCUCUGACGCCACCCCCUGCUCCCAGUCCCAAUACCGCCGGCCCUCCUUCCAUCCCUGAGCACACCCCCAAAUUCCCCAUGUUUUUCUGGCAUCAGCCCCACUACCCUGCUGCCAUUCCCCCAUAUCAAACCGCCCACAAUCCUAACCCUGUAGACUCUCCACACCUCUCCCACAGAGUGCCUGUUCUCUACCCUCAGCGCCCCCAAAAUCCCCUCACUCAUCCCGAGGAUCCCCCUCUUCCCUAUCGUCCAGUGUACCCCCCGAAACCCGCUUCUACCUCCCGUACCCCUCAAAUUCCUGUUGACCCCUCGUUUGUGAUUCCUGUCUUGCACUCACAUGAACCCCCUAAUCUUCACGCCAACCCCACAGCUCGAACCCUCGUUCCUGACGACUGUGAGACCCGUGACCCCACCUCCGCUAGGCCACCGCCCCCCUUGCAUCCAGUCACGGGCCCGUCUCCCCCUGCUGGUCCUCCAGUCCCUUUCCCGUAUUAUGAUUUAGUGUCCCAGCUUCGUCCUCACAACUCACAAAAUCCAAACAACCACUUUAAUACUCACUCACUGCCUAUGACUCCCGCUGUCCGUCCAUCUCCUCUUCCUCCUCCUCCUCUUCCUCCCUCUUAUCAACACAGCCGCCUGAACCAGCACCUGCUGCACCCAUCUAUGGACUCCUUACAGAAGCCUCAUGGUCCAAUUAAAUCCCCCCCUCACCCUUUGCCCUUCCUCCCACAUCACCACAGAAACCCUUCCUUUAACCGUGCAAAGUAUCCCCAUCCAGUACAUCCCUGCCCAGCAGGGUCUCGUCUAAAAUCAUCUGUGUCCCCAGUUUCUCUCACCCUGCCACUGGCUGGCCCCCAGGUCCCUCCCUUCUUCCCCCUGCCAUCCUUAACCUGUAAACCGAAAAAAAUGACCAUCACUCUACCUUCUGCUCACCCGGCCUCCAUUGAAGUCGAAGAUCAGAGAGUCAGAGAGUGGAUUCCUUUUGGCAGCACUGAUCCUGAUUGCUCCUAUACGUUGUACAUCGGGGAGCUGGGAGUUUUGACUUUCUCCUCACCUCUCCCUGCCUGCUACAGUUGCACCUUGUCCCCCUCUGUCCUGUCUCUGCAUGUGAGGUACUGGGACAUAGCACUUCAGCAGUUGCAGAUUUUGGAUUUAAAGUGUCUGUAUUCACCUGGCUCCACCACGCAGUCUCCAGCCACAGAACAUCCUACAGCCUACAAGCCUCAGGUCUAUUGUAUGGCUGAUCACAUGAGUGUGAGACUGCCACCUGGUGUGUGGGAUGUCUUUGUUCAGGACAUAAAGGGGAAUGAGAUCAGGCUGCUGGAAACCCCAGAGGAUUGUGGGUAUGCAGUGAGGAAGCAUGGUGGUGAUGGCACCAUUCUGACCUUCCCCUUUACAUCUUGUCACAUGACUAAUCAGGAUCAGAAACACACCUUUGGCAUUAAAGUCCUGAGCAAACUUGGAUCACAAGUACAAUGGCUGUCCUGUCCUCUUGCGACACCCAUCUCUAAACAAGACUGCGGUUUCCCUGGUGACGCUCGGCGGCUCUGUGGUCCUGGAUGUGGUCCAGUCGGACAGGGGCCCUGCCCGGACUCUGGGCCGUGCUACCUCCCCACACACGGGUACAUGGCAGAUGGGGGUGCAGCCCAUUCAGAGGAAAGCCCCUCCAUUCAGACUGAUGGGCCAGUGGGUGUUUAUCUGAAGAUUGCCACAGACCAGAACUAUACCAGCUAUUACCUGAAGAGCAGCCAGAAGUUUCAGAACCAUAUGGGGCGGCCACUCUUCCUGGAACUGGGUCUUGUGAAUGCCCCUGACCCUGGUCUAGCACUGUUGGUGCACUAUUGCCUGGCCUACUCCAUAUCUGAACAGACUCCCUGGAUCAUCUACCACAGCUGCCCAUACCCCCCGCAACCUCCUCUUCCUGUACCCCCGAGUCCCGUCAGGAAGCUCACCAUCUCGACAUUCGAGCACCUGCCACCGAGGGUUCCCUUCUCCCCCGAUGAAGAGAUCCACUUUUGGUGCUCCACAGAGGUAUGCUCACCGUCCCAGAGAACCUGCAUGGAGGGCUGCACCAUCUGAGAAGCCAAAAUGUGUGACGCUCCCAGGUCCGCCUGUAAAAACUGUACUGCCAACACGCAAGCUGGGGCAGGGAAAGAGGAAAGGACCCAUGUUGACCGUAAAAGCUGAGGUUCUGAGAUUUUGUGGAGCGAAAACCUUGUUCUCAUAUGUAGCCUUUCUAUUCCAAAACCAGAGGGCAUUGUUUUUGUUUUUGUUUUUUAUUUUUAUAAUCCCCUCAAGGAUUGUAUGUUCAAAUAUUGCUAACUUUAAGAAUCUAUCAACCAACCAAGUGUAAAUGUUUUAAAAAUGUGCAUGAAAACACUUGUAUUAAAGUAGCUAAACGCACAUGAGGUUUCA